AUGACGUCCAACACAAGAACACUGGUAAAUGCUGCUGUAGGAGGCUCCUUGAAAACAGAAGCUCUAGAGGAAGCGAUAGAAUUGUUAGAAUCCUUAGCUUCUCAAGAAUUUGACAAUGCCCCAAAUGCACAAAGGGUAGCAGGAAUCAUGAAGCUCGACGGCUAUGAUGCAAUCUUAGCCCAAAAUGAACAAAUGAUGCAAAUGCACAAUAAACAACAAGAACAAUUAGAUGCUCUUACUAAACAAUUUAAUCUUUCUCAAGUUUCUUCUGUUAGUAAUUCUCAAAUUAAAUGUGGUAUUUGUGCAGAAGCUCAUGCGACAGAGGAUUGUGACUACAUGAGAACAACUGAAAAGUCACCAGCAGAGGUCAAUGGCAUCUGUUACAAGCCUAACCAUCAACUGAACCUUCUGUUGCCAUUGCAACAACAACAACAACCUCCACCUCAAGGCACCACUUCCGAAUGGGAAAAGGCUUUUGCACAGCUGUCCAAGACCACAUCAGACUACAUUCAAAAUGAAGAUGCCUUCAGAGAUGAAAUACGAGCAUCAUUCCGGAAUCAAGAAGCUUCAAUCUGGAACUUGGAGACUCAAAUUAGUCAGCUAUCAAAACAAUUUGCUGAAAGAACCCAUGGCACCUUCCCAAGUAACACAGGUACAAACCCAAAUGCUCAAUGUAAUUCAAUUGUUACUAGAAGUAGGAUCGUGAUCCAACCUGUGGAAAAGCCAACAGUGGAGAAGAAGAAAGAAGAAGAACCUGUAGCUGAAAAGGAGAAAGAAAAUGAUGCAGAAGAAGUGGAAAAGAGCUGUCCGGAGAAGAAGCUGUUCAAAUUGGAGAAAAAGAAAGCUCUGGACCGGCAACCAAAACCGGCAGAUCCAUCUCCCUAUGCACGAGUUCCAUACCCACAGCGGUUGAAGCAAGAAAUCCAGAAACAACAAUACACCAAAUUUCUGGAUAUCUUCAAGAAGCUGCAAGUAAACAUUCCGUUCGCAGAAGCCCUGGAAAGCAUGUCGAACUAUGCGAAAUUCAUGAAAGACCUUCUAUCAAAGAAGCGCAAGCUGAAGGAGUGCGAAACAGUGGCCCUGACAGAGGAAUGCAGCACAAUCAUUCAGAAGAAACUUCCUCCCAAGCUGAAAGAUCCAGGCAGCUUCAGUAUCCCUAUAGCCAUAGGAAAUAUUGAAGUAAGAAAAACACUAUGCGAUCUGGGAGCGAAUUUUGUAAUUUUGAAUAUGGAAGAAGAUGCCGAGACUCCCCUACUGCUCGGGAGGCCAUUCUUAGCCACCGCAAGAGCAAUGAUCGAUGUGGAGCAAGGAAAACUGAUGCUGAGGAUGAACGAAGAAACAGUCCCCAUCGAUGUCUUCGAAUCAAUGAAACAUCUAUCACACGGAGGAGACUAUUUUAUGAUUGACAUAAUACAAGAAGCAAUUGAUGAUACUAUGAAAGAGGAGAGUUCCCCACUCGAGUUAGAAAAAAUCAACGAAGAAGUUGAAAUAGCUGAUAAAGAACCAGUAGUGGAAGAACUAGAAAGAAAAAUAGAUGACAUCCCUCUUGGAGCACCGAAGGUGGAGCUUAAGGAGUUACCUCUAAAUUUGAACUUUGCUUUCCUUGGUGAAAACAACACAUAUCUAGUCAUCAUCAAUAAUGAACUGGCAACCGGUGAAGAAGAAAAACUCCUCAAGGUGCUGAAGAAACACAAAGCUGCCAUAGGAUGGUCCUUCUCCGACCUAAAAGGUAUAAACCCUUCCUUUUGUACUCAUAAAAUUCUAAUGGAGGAUGAUAUUAAACCUGAGGUAGCCGCAUAG